UUUAAAAACCACCUCUACUUUGGAGCAGUGGAAAACACACACAGGGCAGCAGAUGACCCGGCGCAGCGGCCAGGAGCGCACAGUCCUCCACUACUCCUCCACCACCAGACCUCGAACUGAUGAAAGGAUGGGGGUCAACAACAACAGAUAAACCCACCAGAACCGGAUCAGGGUCCCGAGGGGGGGGGGAGAAGAACCGAAUUCCGAUCACUUUUCCUCACUUUUCUUGGAUUUAUCCCGGGUUUACUCCAACAUGCCGUUCGCCAAACGGGUCGUGGAGCCUCAGCUGCUGUGCAGGUAUCCGAUCCCGAACGAGGAGGGUCUGCUGUACGAGGACCUGGUCUCCGUUAGUAAUGUGGCUCUAUCCCGGACCCUGCGCCAGCUAUCGGACCUGGCCCGGCACGCAUGUUCUAUUUUCCAGGAGCUGGAGCAGGAACUCACGACCACCAACCAGCGGGUCCGGGGGCUGCAGGGCAAGAUCAGCGGGCUGCAGCAGACCUGCUCCGACCUGGACCCCAAACAGGAGGCAGUCCCCGUAUCUAACCUGGAUGUGGAGAGUAAGCUGACGGCACAUUAUCAGGCUCCUUGGCACCAGCAGAGGAAUGUUUUCAACUUCUCCACCCGGCCAGUAUGUGUGGAAGAGCUCCACAGGCAGGCCAACUUCAGCCCGUGGGCCCUGCACAGAGAUCCUCGGAGGAGAUCAUCAGGAAGCAGGGAGCGGAGAGUCACCAUCUCCAUCUCGGCGUUGCCCCAGAUGCCCAUGAGCCCCUCCCCCCACGUCGUCCAGAGGCAAGAGAAGAGGGGCAUCAAUCUGACGACGUUUGAAUCCACCCGCUCCUCCUCCCCCACCGAAUGUUGCCGCUUCUCUCCCUGGAGCAGAAAGGCUGCGCCCCCUGACCCCGACACUGACGGGGUGGCUCUAGGUCACCGGUCUAAGUUCCCCAUCCCUAACAUCCCCUCCACCCUGGACAAGCAGACUAACUGGUCUAAAGCUCUGCCGCUGCCCACCCCCGAGGAGAGAAUGAAAAGCAGCUCACAAGUCAUCAACUCAUGCGUCAUCCCCAUUAAUGUGACCGGAGUCGGCUUUGACAGAGACGCUAGUGUGCGCUGCUCGCUCGUCCACUCGCAGUCGGUGCUGCAGAGGAGAAGGAAGCUGAGGAGACGGAGGACGGUCGCUGGAGUUCCCAGACAGGUGCAGCAAGACUUAGACUCUGAUGACUCUCCUGGUUCCAGAGAGCGCACGGUGAUUGUCCACACGAGUGCCGACAUCACUCCCUCCAACGAGGAGCUGUCCAGUCAUCUCAGCACCAGAGACUCGGGCUGUCAGACUGAAGACUUCCUGAUAUCUGGAGCGCCGUCUCGCAGGAGGAUCAGGGCCCAGCGAGGACAGGGAGUGUCUCUGUCCCUGUCUCACUCUGCAGGAAACAUCUCCUGUCUGCCCGACGGCACCGACGCCAUGUUCACCACCUCUCUGGGCGCCCACCUGCGCUCCAGGAGUCUACCUAGAGACGGGAACAGAGUUAUGAACAACGGGCAUCGAGACACUGACGAUGAUGAGGAGGAGGAGCUCUCUCCGUUCGACGCUGAGGACUUCCUGCCGGGACGCGGGGAGCUGAUUCUCAAAGAUGAAGAGGAGAGUACGGACGACCAGGCCGUGUCUGAACACACGCUGGGUCUGAAGUACAAGCAGCUGUCGCAGAGUCCGGAGCGCAGCUGGAUGGAGAGGACCCGGUCCCAGUUGCCCAGGAAGGCCGACAUGGGCAGCUGCGAGAUCUCGUCCAGCUCGGACACCUUCAGCAGCCCCGUUCACUCCGUGUCCGCCGCCGGGGUGAUGCUGGGGGGACCGAUGGACCACAAGGACGACCACCAGUCCUCGAGCGGGAACUGGAGUGGCAGCAGCUCCACCUGCCCGUCACAGACCUCAGAAACAAUCCCCCCCGCUGCCUCCCCGCCUCUAACAGGCUCCUCCCACUGUGACUCCGAGCUCUCGCUUAACGCCGCCCUCCACGGCCACGACGACCACACCGGCUUCAUGCUGGACCACCACUACCCGGGUCUGCGGACUCACCGGGUCGGCUCCUUCUCCUCCACAGCUAUGGACAUCUUAGAGGAAGCAGGGGGGAGCGCCACUCCCGUCGAGGGCGAGUGGAGUUACUCGGAGGCGCCGCGCCCGCCGGGCUUCAGCCCCGAGCCGAGCAGGGAGGCGGAGAGCAGCCUGGGAUGUCCGAGCUACACCAGCAUGGCCACCUGCGAGAGCAGCUUCUCGGACAAGCCGCCGUCGGAGAAGGCGGACACCGUGUCGCACUACUCGGUCGACACCGAGGGCUACUUCACCUCCAUGCACUUUGACUGCGGCCUGAAAGGCAGCAGGAGCUUCACCUACAACUAUGCAGCCCCCGCCUCCGACUGCAGCCUGUCGGACAUGACUCUGAGCAGACGCUGCCUCUCUCUGCGCAGACCGAAGGCGAAGCCGUGUCCGCCCAAGAGGAGCUCGUCCUUGAGGAAAAUAUGCAGUGAGGGAAUCAUCCCCGUCAAGAAAGAACCAAAGAUUUCAUGCGGGCAGCAGCCUCCUCCGUCUUCAAGGGAGAGGAACCUGCAGCUGCUUCUGUCCGGCUCUCCUGCUGGUCGUCUAGGAAACUCGUCCCUCGCCAGAGAGCCGCUCGUGAUCUGGGGGGUCGAGGGCUCGUCGGAUCUUCCAGACUUAGGCGUGUUCAGCUCCACAGACGCACAUUCAUUCAAAGACGAGGGGGUGGUACAGUCGGACUAUGCAGAUCUGUGGCUCCUGAAUGAUUUGAAAUCCAGCGAUCCGUACAGAUCUUUAUCUAACUCCAGCACGGCGACGGGCACGACCGUCAUCGAGUGCAUCAAGUCGCAGGAGAGCUCCGGAUCUCAGACGUCCCAGUCCGGCUCGCGGGCCACCACCCCGUCACUCCCGUCGGCGGAGGGAGACUUCAAGCUGACGUCUCCGGAGAAGCUGGCGGGCCUGGCCAGCCCGUCCAGCGGGUACUCGAGUCAGUCGGAGACGCCGACCUCCUCGUUCCCCUCCGCCUUCUUCCCCGGGCCGCUCUCGCCGUCCAGCGGGAAGAGGAAGCCCAAAGUCCCCGAGAGGAAGUCGUCUCUGUCCACCCUGUCGCUGCAGUCGAAGGCCUCCAAAAGAGACCUGGAGCUCCCCGUAAUCCCCCCCUCCCACCUCGAUUUAAGUGCCCUUCAAAGUGUGGGAAACCAGCAGGUUCAAAUCCUUCACCAACACAAACAAAGAGCUGACAAACCUGCGGCACCACAGAUCUCUGAGGUGUACAACACUCUCUCUAUGUCCAUCACACCCUCAGUGCUGAACUCAGUGCAGCUCCGCUCCAUCAACAGGGAACAUGAAGGAGGACACGAGGACAAAACCAGACUCAAAUGUCCUACCCUGAACUCACUUUCAUGUAACAAACCCUCAGAGCCCAAGAGUCCUCUGCUAAACCAUCUCCAUCACACACCAUCCAAGGGCUCACGGGAAUCUGUGUUUACCUCAAAUGAAGAGCUCGUAAAUGGAGAAGCAGGGUGUCAGAGCGAGACGAGGAAGGACAGCGAGGCUCCAUUAGAAAGUCAGACAGCACUCGAGCCCCCGGCUGACGUCUCCGAGAGGACCAGCGCUCAUGAAGGAGAGACGAGCAGAGAGCCUGAAGAGAUGCUACUUAACAUGUUGCAAAGGACUGAAGAAGAAGAAGACGCAGAAGAAGAAGAAGAAGAAGUGUGUCAGAUAAACCCAGGUCUUGCUCUUCCUGUGCAGCACAGUUUAAACAACAGUCUGGAUAAAGUGCCUGAGAAUGACGGCCAAUCAGAGACGCCGCAGGAGAGCUCCAUCAGUGAUGACAGCAUCAGCACGGCGCUGGAUUUUGAGUCCUCGGGUGUUUCAGCGGAAGGUGUCUCACAGGAAGAGAGGGAGGAGUCUACAGAGCCGGAUGAACACAGUAAAGACUCUUCACUCAGUGAUAACACAGCGUCUCCUCCGAGCGAUGAGUCCAGACCAGAGGACGACAGCGUGUUUCUGUCACCCACCAAAACCAGGACCACAGAGGAUCUGUUUGCUAUGAUUCACAGGUCCAAAAGGAAAGUGUUGGGCAGAAAGGACUCCAGUGAGUUAGGAGUGAGGAGUCGUCUCUGUGCAGCAUCAGGGACGCCACCGCCCAGCAGCACAGUGAGCUCCCCGGUCUCCUUACAGUCCCCCUCUGCCGCUCUGACCCCCCCAGGCUCGCAGAGAGCCACCGGCUCCAUCUACAGGAACGUGAAGAAGUCCAGCACCUCCAACGAGGAGUUCAAACUGCUGCUGCUCAAGAAGGGCAGCCGCUCUGACUCAAGUUACCGCAUGUCAGCUACAGAGAUCCUAAGAAGCCCCAUCACUCCCAAAGGUCCUGCAGACUCCCCCGCAGAGUCACAAAGACAGACUGAAGACCCCACCUCCCCCCUCCAACAACAGCAGCAGCAUCCAUCAGGAUCUGAUCAGGUCUGCAGUCCGUACCCCAAAGCCAACGCUGAGAGCUUCUCCCCGAAGUCGUUCCUCUCAUCUGCAGCCUCCAGGCAGGGUCGCUCCCGGAUUCCCCCGCCCGCCAACAGCAGCCGCUACGGCAUGAGAGGCCGAGUGUUCUCAGCGCCCAUGCAGGCGAUCUCCGAGGGCGAGACGGAGAACUCAGACGGAAGUCCUCACGACGACCGCUCAUCACAGGGCUCCACGUAGAAAGAGAAGCAGCGGUAUGAAAAGGUUUUAAUAGUGCAGAUAAAACAAAUGGACCAUUUUUAAUAUAUAUGAGAUUUGUGACAACAGGGGACAGAAAUAGAUUUUAAGUAUUUGGAGUCAUAGGAGUAUUUUAAAAAGAAUAAAUCUGUAAAAGAAUAAGAAAAAUAAAUAAAUAAUAAUUUUAUACUGAAAGAUAAACUGGGAUGAUUUUAAUGAUUUCCUUUAUUUCUGAAUUGAAUCUACAAAAACAUUUUUACAAAUAUGCAUUUUUUGAUGCAUCUAGUAGUUGACUUCAAAGGUUAGGAGCGCUGCGUGGGUCCUCAAUCAAGCUGAACAGAAAACAGAUGCUCUUUGGGGAGGGUGGAAUGAUAUGAUGAAAAAAUAGGCUCGAUGUGUUGAAAAGAAAACGAAACGGAGUGGAUAAGAUAAGUGAUAAACACAUCAAGCAUAUUCAUUUCAUCAUAUAGUACUUAAUUGGGUUGUUAAAAUAGUUUUUAUUUUUAUUCCCUAACUUUUUCUUUAAAGUCUAAAGUCUUCAUUUUUCCCGAUAGUUUUGCUUGUCAUUGAACAGCACCGUCGUAAAUCAACUGGCUCUGAGUAGAUCUCUGCUCCAGGAGGUUUUUUUCUCCACACAGUUUAUGAAAUCAAAUUAUAAAUAAUAGAAGUUUUAAAUAUUAAAAUAUACAGAAAAACAGACUAUAUAAACAUGAAAUAAGUAAAUAUAUAUAUGUUUUACAAAUAUCUGAGACAAAUAUCAGCUGAAAUAAAUGAAGACAUAAAUGUGAAAAUGAAUGAAAACACCAACGAUAACUUCAUAUUUUAUGAUUUGUCUUUAUUUCCUGUUUAUUUUACAGUUUUAUUCUUAUUAGAGCACUCCUGGUACUCCAUACAGAGGUAGUUAUUGUAGCUGACUUUUUCUAACUUUGAGUUUUCUGUGGAUACUAAGAAUGUUUUUUACCUGUGUUCAAACAAGUUUUAUACACAAAUAUGUUCCAUCACUUUUAUACGGCAUGUCGACUUAGCAUCGAAAAAAAAACAGGGAACAAACUUAUGUAGCUCACAUCCUGUGUCCGAAUAUCCCCGAUGAGUUGAAGUGAUAGAAACAAACCGGUUUACAUGGAUCUGAAGAGGUCUUGUUUGAAACCUUCAAAAUCUUUUAAAUGUCCGAUUUCUCUUCAGAUAUUCUUAAAACCUUGACAUUUUUCAUCAGUGGCCUGUUUUAAAAAAAAGGCAAACAUGUUGGAUGAGCUGUCUGUAUUCUGUGAAUACCUAUGCAACGAGACAAUAUUUACAUUUCUUAAAGCCAGAUUAUAAUGAGAACUCCCAUCAGGACUAACGCGGUGUGAGAAACUAAUGUGUGGACUUUUGUAUAUUUUACCUGGUCCUUUCUAAAAGCAUAUUUUAUCACAGAUUAUUACAACAUGUUUACAAAUUCUCAUGCAAUAAAGACAAAUAAUUAGAGGUGAAAUAACUAACUUGACAAUCUUGGGAGAAGAAAGGCGAGGAGGUGUUUAACAGGGGAGAUGAAAAAAGUGUUGUUUUUUUUAAAGUUGGAGGUUGUGAAAAAGGGGAGAUGUAAAAGAACAAGGAGGUCAUGUGUUUUUUAAAAGACUUGAUAAUUAGAGCCCGACUGAUGUUUCAGCUGAUAUGUGACUUUCACAGGUAUAUUGGUAUAUGGGUUUAUUAAUAGGUUCAAUUUAACAAGAAAACAAGGAGCUGAUUUGGGAAAAAGUGUCAUUGUGUAGUUUGUCCAGCAGAGGGUGCUAAGACUCCAUGGUUUACGAUCCUUGUUGCAUUGUCUGCAGAACAGGCAGCAAAGCAGCCGAACAGUAAACAGCAUGAUCAAAUUGAUGUGAAAUCAGAGGGUAGUGAACACCUGUAAGGUCUUUUUUCAUGUAAACUCAUAAGUUGAUGAUAUUUACAGUAAUCUGUGAAGUCACCGCCUCUGAAAUCAGUGUCGACCUAAGGAAAUCCACUAUGGGUCGGGCUCUAGUUAUAUUUGUCAUUUCUGGUUUGCUGACUUUGGUGUGUUUAUGAAUUGUUGAAAAAAGGCAACAGGAAAGUGUUCUGGGGAUUUUUAUAUGCCUUAUGUGUACUCUGCGCAAAAAAAAAAAGGAUAAGUGACGAUAAGUGAAGAAGCAGCCGCGGCAAAAAGUUUGGUGUUUUUGUGAGAUUUUUCUAAUUUGUUCGAGUUGUAGGAAUACAUUUAGAGGCAGGUGAUGAAAAGUAGAAAUUCUGGAUUUUAAAGAUGUAACGUUUGGGCUUCUUUUUUUUGUACCGAAGGCUCGACUCUUCUGCUCCCCUUCACAAAGGAAAAGAAAACUGCCACGGUUUAUGUUUUCUUUGUUACACAAUCUGAAAAUCUAUUUAUUUUUAUAACUAACACAGAAGAUCUCUACGUGCUCCCUUACACCUUUUAGAUAACCUACAACUAAAACACAAGUAUGCAAUGAAUUGCUGGUAGUAUUAAUAAUAACUAUAACAUAUUUUAUUCAGAUUCUUAUUUUUGUUUAUAAGAGACAUUUUUAAAUCGGAUCUCAGACACUGGCUGCAGAGACGAAACAAGAAUGCAACUUAAUGAUGUCAUUUAGAUAUGACAUCAAGAGUCAUAAGCUACAAGAGCACACAGAGGCUUUUAUACCCCCCCCCCCCCCCCCCCACACACACACACACACACACACACACACACACACACACACAGUAACAUUAUACAUGUUUUUUUUUAAUUGCAGUGAUAGAAGUAAACCAUUAUGAGUCUUUGCAGCCAUAUUUUCCUGUAGGCACACUGUAGAUAUGGACCUAGUUUUGGCCUUAACGAGACUCCGUACUAUCGUCACAUAACAGGGUACUCAAUCGGUUUGUUUCUUUUGUCUGUGAACCUUCAUUCCAACCUUUUUUCUUUUCGAUUCUUUUUGUUUUUUUGCACUGAUGAAGUGAUGUUUGUGAAGUUUCACGAGUCUCUUGCUGUACCUGGAGAUAUUUAUACACAUUUUAAACCCGAGCUGUCUGACUUUUCCCCCACACUCCGAGGAACGCUGUACGAGCCCACUAGAUGCGUCUGCCAAAGGCUAAAACAAACACACGUGUUAGUGGCUGUUUUUUCUCUCCCCGUUUACUUGACUGACACGUUCUUGAAAACGUCAAACCCGACACUAUAAAAGAUUUCAUGUGUGGUACGAGAUGCAUGUCACUCCGCCUCUGUGUACUGUAGGUGUCCACUUUGUAAUUUUUUUUUGUACAAACUUGUAAAUACGAUAACUUUUUGUCGAAUUGUUUCUUAUGUAUAAAACAAAAAAGUUUACAUUAAUUUCAAACCUUUGUAUAUUUUUGAGCUGUGGAACACUCUGUCUUGUAUUUAUUUUUUAGUAAGCAUUGUGGAGAUCCCAUAGUAAAUCCUAUCAAAGCUAGCACAACAGGCUGCUUAGCAACUGUGUAUAAAAAGACAAAUAAAUGUGACUGCUUUGAAAAUUA